AUGAAAGGUGAAUACAAUGGUGCCCAAAGUCAUAUACUAAAAGAUAAUCCAUAUGCUAUUUACUCACCAUGUGCAGCUCACAGCUUAAAUCUAUGUGGAGUUGACUCUGCUGAGUGUUGUACGAAAGCAAUUACUUUUUUUGGAGUUGUCCAAAAAUGUUAUAAUGUUUUCAGCAGCAGUCCACAACGUUGGGAAAUUUUGAAAAAAAAUAUAUCAGGUUCACUUCACGGUCUAUCAAAUACAAGAUGGUCAGCUAGGAUAGAUGCUGUAAAACCAUUCGUGAAUAAUCUACCAGGACUGCAAAAUGCACUAGAGGACGUAAAACAACUUAAUUUAACUGCAGAAUCUCGUCGAGAUAUCGAAGGUAUUGUAAAAUACAUUAACAAAUUUGAAUGUAUUGUUAUGGCAUCUAUAUGGUUUAAAGUUCUCUGUAUAAUAAACGAAAGAAAUGUCGUUCUUCAAGCCAGAAACUCUACUAUUGAUGUUGAAGUAAUAAAUCUGGAGAGUUUAAUAGCAGACUUGCAGCUGAUAAGAAAUAAUUGGAAUACUAUUUUACAAGAAUGUAAAAUAGUUGCAAGUGGAUUAAAGAAUACUUCAUCUGAGUUGCAGGUCAGUCGGAAAAGAAAACGCGUAAAAGUAUUUUCAAAAAACAUUUUCAAAAACAAUGAAGAAGAAUAUUCAGUUAUAGCAGGAAUAAAUAACCGUUUUGUUGCAAUAAAAAAGUUGAACGAUAUUUUUUCUUUUUUGUGGCAAUUUGUUGCAUGGUCUGAAGAACGAAUUCAGGAUACUGCAGCUAAUUUUGUAAAAAAAUACGAUACUGACGUAUCUCAAGAACUAAUAACUGAAAUGAUUCACCUUAAACAUAUCUACAAAGAAAAUUUCACAACUAAUUGUUCUCCUUAUGAGUUAUUGAACGAGAUCACAUCAAAAAAUUUGGACACUCUUUUUCCGAAUGUUUGUGUGGCUUUACGCAUAUUUUGUACCUUGCCAGUUUCAGUUGCUAGUGCUGAGCGUUCUUUCAGCGUACUUGCAAGAAUUAAAAAUUUUCAACCGCUCUUGUUCUUCACAAUCGAGAGUUUUCGGGUUAGGACUCUAUGUUUAGAAUCAGGAUUAGCAAGGCAAUUGGAUUUUAAAGAAAUCACUCGACUGCUUUGCUUCGGCCGGCUAAAGCAAAAAGCUAAAUUAUAG